AUUAAGAGAAACAUUUUUUCUUAACCUAACAUAAAUGACAUUUUCUUGACAUUAUCCUCCAAAUUCAUCAAAAUAUUAUAAUGAGUAAUUUGAACGGAAAUUCGAAAAGUGAUGUUUUGAGAUAUCCAGAAGAUAGCAGUAAAUUUUCAGUGUUGAAGAGUAGGUCAGAAAAUAGUUCCAGGUCGCUUAGAAGUAAAUCAACCAGAAACAGUGCCGAAGUACACGGAAGUAGAGUAUCGAUUUUCAAGGAACAUGGGGGUUUGGGUAGGAGGUAUUACGAUAAGCUCGGUCAUGAACUCGACAGAAUCCUUCAGGUAGACAUCGUAUCCUCUAUAACGGAAACAAAAGGAUCAGUGCGAGGAAGAAGCAUAAAGUUGGCCUUAGAAAUGAAGGAUAGAGGUGUGACGGAAAAUGAUAUCAUAGUGAUCUACAGCAGAAACCAUGCGGACCAAACAAUCGCUGUCCUGUCUACUCUAUUCCUUGGGGCAAUAGUAGCCCCUCUUGACCCAGAAAUCAGUCACAAGGAAUGUUUGGAAAUAGUGAAGAAAUUGAAACCGAAGAUGUGUUUCACAGAUUCUCGGACAAUUAGCCAGAUAGAAAGGAUAGUGAACACGCUCAAUUACAGCACGGAUAUCAUCAAUUUUGGUCAAGACAACCCGGGUGUUUCUCAAUUCAAUAAGUUAUUGAAUCACAAAGAAGACGAACGCUUUCGACCAACGUUUGUAGAAGAUGCAUGGGAAUCAGUUGCGUUCAUUCUGCCUACUCAAGGUACCACCGAUGACCCUAAGCUCGUCUGCUUGUCCCAUCACAACAUUGUUGUGCAGACCAUGAUUUUUCAAGAUAUUUUCGAAUAUCCAGAAAAAGUUUUGUCAUUCUUUCCAUUAUCAUGGCUGCUUCAAACGACUCUUGUAUGUGUUUGCUUUGAAUCUCCCACCAUCAGAAUACUUCCUGGGCCUUUCACGGAACGGAGUGCAUGCAAAAUAAUUCAGGAUUUUCGGAUUGGACACGCUAUAUUUGGAACUGACUGGGCAAUUAGAUUGGUGACCAAUGUGGCUAUAAAGGAUUUCGAUAUGACCUGCCUCAAAUGUGUUAUGGUUGGCACAGUCAAUACGACUAAAUAUGACAUAAAAACCUUGAAGGCAUUGUUACCUCAUGUGAAAUUUCUUCAGAACUACUGCUUGACAGAAACAGGAUGUGUCGCAGCUACAAAAUUCAAAAAUUACAAUGUUUCCCUGGACAAGCCGAUGUCAGUAGGAACUUUAUCUAUCAACUGCAAGAUUCGUGUGGUAGAUUUGAGUUCUAAAGAAGUUCUUGGCCCUGGCAAGUUUGGAGAGAUUUAUUUUCACGGAGAUGGACUCAUGUUGGGGUAUUUCAAAGAAACAGAAAAAACAUUGGCUUCUUUAGAUAGGGGAUUUUUCAAAACAGGCGAUAGGGGAAUGUAUGAUGAGGAUGGAUGGCUUUACGUAACUGGAAGAAUUGAAGACAUGAUAGAGAGAGCUACUACCAGUUUCUCGCCCUUGGAAUUGGAAGAUGUUAUCUUAACGCACCCCUACGUAAAAGACGUAGUUGUUAUAGGAAAUUACAAAGAGCUGGUUGCAGUCGUCAAGCGGAAAGAAAAUAAGGAACUGUCUUCUGAAAAACUACAGAAAUUCAUAUCGGAAAAAACCACUGAGGAAUACAAACCAACAAAAAUAGUUUUCCUGGAUCAUUUUCCACGAACAACAAUUGGAAAUGUUAAGAAACGAUUACUCCGAAAAGACUACCUUAAAAUUACUAUCCACUACUCUGCAAGUCUUGCAAGUAUAAAUACAUCUUAAUAAAUAAUUUUUGAAUCACUGAAUAUAUUAUUAUCAUUGA